AUGAAGAAAAACACCGAAGGUUCGCUCCCGCGGUGGGUUCUGCUCGCCGUGUGCAUGGCGUUCUUCGCGUCUGCGGCCCAGUCCGCCUACAUCGCCAAGGAGCUCAUCAACGACACCUCGAACAGCUUCAUCAUCUCCCAAGGCGAUGGCUCGACGGCGUCGGACAACACUGGUUUCUCGAUGGCCUCGGGCGAUUUCGACGGUGACGGCUACGAAGACGCCCUUAUCGGCGCCUACAACUACAACGAUGAUGAAGAUGAAGAGGAAGAGGAAGAUGACGAUGAAGAGGAAGAUGAAGAGGAAGAUGAAGAAGUGGACAAACAGAAGCAAGUGGAUGAAGAUGGAGAUGAAAGAGGAAAAAAACUGAAAAUGAGGAAGCGAGGCCUGGCCUGA